CAGUCACUGAAAUGCAAAGAUCUGUAAGUGGCGAGCAGAUCAAAAACAGGAAAAGGAGCACUGUCAGGACACAUGCCAGUGCCACACCAAAGUGCUGCAGCAGAUUUACAAAAACACCAAAGACAAAAUCAAAAUCCCAGUGCACGUGCCUGCUGUGAAGAGCUGAAUCAGAUUUUUAUCAUAGAGGCCUCCACAGAACCCCAGGAUACGUUGGACAGUUUGUCCACUAUCUGCAGCGAGCCAGGCAUGCCUUCAGAAACCCCACAGGAAGCCUUGAACCCCCAGGGAGGAGAAGAUUCCUCUAGACAACCAAGAUUUCUUCAGCACUCCUUCCAGCCAGCAGGAGACUCAGUCAGAGAUGCCUCCCCAGUGCCCAGCCAGAGACAAUAUGGCAGAGGGGACCUCAUCCAUCUUUAUCCUCAUCUCUACUCAAGAGCAUACAUUAAUUUUAGAAAUCCUGAUGACAUCCUUCUUUUUAGAGAUCGCUUUGAUGGCUAUGUCUUCAUUGAUAAUAAAGGUUUGGAAUAUCCUGCUGUGGUAGAGUUUGCUCCAUUCCAAAAGAUUUCAAAAAAGAAGCUUAAGAAAAAAGAUGCAAAAGCUGGGAGCAUUGAGGAUGAUCCAGAAUAUAGAAAAUUUUUAGAAAGUUACUGUGCCGAUGAAGAGAAAAUCUGUGCUAAUCCUGAGACUCUGUUGGGAGAGAUUGAGGCAAAAACAAGGGAACUUAUUGCUAGAAGAACAACACCUCUUUUGGAAUAUAUUAAAAAUAGAAAAUUAGAAAAGCAGAGGAUACGAGAAGAAAAAAGGGAAGAACGAAGGAGGAGAGAAUUAGAAAAGAAACGUCUGCGAGAGGAAGAGAAAAGAAAGCGCAGAGAAGAAGAAAGACGUAAAAGAAAAGAAGCAGAGAAGCAAAAGAAAAUUGCUGAAAAAGAAAUAAGGAUCAAGCUUCUUAAAAAGCCUGAAAAGGGAGAUGACCUGGCCAGUGAAACGAAUAAGGAAAAAGGAGAAGAAGCUGAUAUUGAAGAAAGCAAAUGGGAAAAAUCACCUGGAUCCGGGGGUAUAAAAUCCAAGCCAUUGGAGGGCUCACCAAAGGAACUUAAGGAAAAGAUCGUCCAGCCAUGCAGUUAUACCAGCCAGGAGCUCGCAUUCGAACACAUACGGGAUCUACAAGUAAGAUCUAUGACUGCAGUGUGAAGUCCUCUGAAGAUGCCUGCGAUAGAAAGUAUGAGGUAGAUAAUUCAACUGGAGGUGGUUCAGAGAAGAGUGAAGAGGCAGAAUGAAAGAUUGGGGUAGAAAACUUGUGAAAAAAAUGAAUUUAAGAUUUAAUUUCUGCUCAAAAAUAUAUCAGGCCACUUCAGAAUUCCACAGAUUGGACCAACAAAACUAUAAUACAUCUGUCUCUUUCUUUCUUUAAAAUGAAGAAAAUGGUGAUCGGAGGCAGAUAAAAUAUCACGUAAAAGAAAUUCAGUUGCUUUUCUACAAAAACCAGAAGCAAGCACUGUUUGACUAGUUUAGUUGUGGUUCAGUAUUUUAGUAAAUUUACCUUUAGCUAGAAAACCUCUAUUAGUUUUAAACUAAUAUUUAUAUAAAACUUGUCAGAAAAUAUUUCACUUAGUCUAGCCUGUUAAAUUGAGAGAAAUAAAGAAAUGUAUAUUUGCAUCAGUUUGAAAUCUGAGGCACUUUAAAUGUGUUCUGUGAAUGGCAUUAACUACAUAGGACCCAAUCCUGCAAACGCCAUCAGGCAUAAUGCUUACUACAGAGAGUAGUACUAUUGAAGUCAAAGGGACUACACCCAGCAGAAGCACUGUUGCCAGUAACGUUUGCAGGAUCAGACCCAUAGUUUGCAAACGUUUAUUGGUAUCCGUACCUCAUUGUGUUUACAUUGUUUUUCAAUUAACUAUAGUGUCAGGUAAGUGUGAAUAAAAGCUACUAUAUGUUGUUAUAAAAUUGGUCUUUUUCUUAACCACUUUUGCCUUUUAUGUUCUAAUAUAUUCCUGUGUCUAAAACAGAAAAAGCUAACGCAAACCUCAGCACUUAAAUACUGUAUCUGGUUUUACUAAAAUUGCAUUUUUAUUAUUUAUUUUUGUUUUGGCACUGACUUUUUAAAAAGUGAUUGUACAGUGAUGACUUUUUAUAUGUUAAAUGUUUCACAUAAGUUGCAUUUGCAGGAUUUGGAACAUGUAUGAUAUAUAUGUUAUAAAAUAUAAUUUGUUUGAAAAAAACACACACAUAGCAGCUCCAACAUUUCAUUUUGCAGACCUAAGCCAAAUUCCACCCUCUGAUGCAUGCAUAUGGCUCCCAAUGUCUUCAGAGACAGCUAAAUGUCCAUCCAAGGGCAAAAUAUGGCUCUUUCAUAGUUGUCUUUUACGACUGAUGCGCUUUUCAGUUGUCUGAAACCAAGAUCUGCUUUGUCAGUGAAGUUAAAUAUUAAGAUGUUUGCUUAUUUUUGACAUUCUACUUUGAACAUUUUGUUAUUAAGUGUAACAUCUGAUUGUUCUAAACUCAAAGAAAAAUUCAUUGUAUUUUCCCAGACAUUAAACAUUAAAUAUAAUAAAAAGUAAAAACACUUUGACUAUGAA